CGCAGGGAGACACGCGCACAGGGAUUUCCAUGCGCUUCCUCCGCGUUUCUCCAAACUCGCGAUCGAGCCGCGCGACGCAGACGCCUCACGCCGGGACAUCGCAUUCACGAGCGCCGGCGACGGAACGUCACGGCCAUCAUCACCAUCAUCACCAUGACGGAUAAAGGCGCCAAGAAAGGAGAGUUUAUGAAACGGAGGAGCGCCACUUUUAACAUUGGAGGGUGCUCGUACAUCAUAGUCGCUAAGGAACACUACGAUGCUGAAGGAAGGAGGCCUCUGGAACGAUUUCGACGGACUCAAUCACACAGCUCCAUCAGGGGGCCGAGCGCCCAGCAGGAGAAGGGAGCAACGCAGCAGCAGCAGCACCUGCUGGUGCCCGGGGGAGGGGAGUGGGGCCCAGCGGGGGGUGACCGGGGCCACGGGGGUGGCCGGGCGGAUGACCGAGACCCGGCGCAGGUCCUGGCUGAGGAGCCGCCACCCUGCGACAGCCCCGAAGCUCUGGAGAGAGCGGCCGUCAGACUGCGAUGCCUCCUCAAGCAGCUGGAGCGAGGGGAACUUCCCGUCGCCGACCUCAAGAAGAACCUGGAUUACGCCGCGUCCGUGCUCGAAGCCGUCUAUAUGGAGGACAACAGGCGUCUCCUGGACCCUGAGGAUGAGCUGGGAGACCUGGGCACGGAGGCGGUGCCGUCGCAAGUGCGCGACUGGCUGGCCUCCACCUUCACGAGCCACAUGGGGCUGGUGAACCGAAAGCCGGAGGACAAGCCCAGCUUCCGCAGCAUUGUUCACGCCGUACAAGCCGGCAUCUUUGUCGAGAGGAUGUACCGCCGCUCCUCCAGCAUGACGGGGCUGAGUUAUCCACCGGGCGUCAUCUCAGUGCUGAAGGACGUGGACAAGUGGUCGUUUGACAUUUUUGCCCUGAACGAGGCGAGCGGGGAACAUGCCCUCAAGUUCACCUUGUACGAGACGCUCACCCGAUACGACCUCAUCGCAAGGUUCAAGAUUCCCAUCUCCUCGCUGGUGUCGUUUGCGGAUGCGCUCGAGGCGGGAUACAGCAAAUACAAGAACCCCUACCACAACCUCAUGCAUGCCGCCGACGUCACGCAGACGGUGCACUUCCUCCUGCUCAAAACCGGCUUCAUGCACUGGCUGAACGAGUUGGAGAUCUUCGCCAUGCUGUUUGCGGCAGCCAUUCAUGACCUGGAGCACACGGGGACCACAAACAACUUCCACAUCCAGACCCGGUCCGAAGUGGCCAUCCUGUACAACGACCGCUCGGUGAUGGAGAAUCACCACGUGAGCACCGCGUACCGCAUCAUGCAGGCCGAUGAGGACGCCAACAUCCUCAUCAACCUCAGCAAGGAUGACUGGAGGGAGCUGCGGGCUCUGGUGGUGGAGAUGGUUCUGGCAACUGACAUGUCCUGCCACUUCCAGCAGAUCAAGGCCAUGAAGACUACGCUGCAGCAGCCAGACAGCGUCAUCGACAAGCCCAAGGCGAUGUCCCUGAUCGUGCACACGUCUGAUAUCAGCCACCCGGCAAAGGAGUGGCGGCUCCACCGCCGCUGGACCGAGUCCCUCCUGGAGGAGUUCUUCCAGCAGGGAGACCGCGAGGAGGAGCUGGGCCUGCCCUUCUCUCCGCUGUGUGACCGCAAAUCCACCAUGGUACCGCAGUCUCAAGUCGGCUUCAUCGACUUCAUCGUGGAGCCCACGCUGUCGGUGCUCACGGACAUGGUGGAGGGCAUCGUGGCGCCGCUCGUCAAGGAGGCCGUGCGCGCCGCGUCCAGCGCCAAGCGCCGCUCGAGUGUCGGGGGCAUGGAGGUGAGCCAGAGAGGCGGAAAAGCCAGCCCUGCCCCGGGCUCCGUGCUGUCCGUCGACAUCGCGUACUUCGGAGCGGCGUGGCGCGAGUGCAUUGUCUACAACAAGGAGCGCUGGAAACAGCUCGACAUCAUAGACCAACGCCUCAAAAAGGGACUGUCGGUCGAUAAAGUGUCGGACGAGGAGGACACGGCGGCUGCCAAGCCCAGCGAGACGAAGCCGGAGCCAUCGGCGGAAGAACAACCGGUCAUGGUCAUGACCCCACGGAGGCGAGCCAGAGCGCCCCUUUCCCGGAACGGGAGCCGAAGCCGCGUGGGCAGCGGAAGGUCGGUGGGCAUGCGAGAGAAGGCGACCAAUGGGAAGACCAACGGCAGCUUCAGCAGCACGGACGACGGCGACCCCCGGACCAUGACGCCCGGGAGCGACUCGGGGAACUUCGCCGCGAUCGAUGACAGCCCAGAGGGGAGCAGCAAGGGACAGAACGGACCGUCUCCAUCGCAACGGCAGCUCCCGUCGGAGGAACACAAGCAGGUGGAGGAAGCCUCGGUCGGCGUCGUGGGGCUCAAGUUCAUGGGUGAUGACAGUGACCGGCCCCCGUACUGCGCCAGCUACCACACCAGCCCAAGCCCCCCGGACACGACACGUCGUUCCAGCAGCACGGACGCCCGCACCAAAGCACGCAGGCUGCGUCGCCUCAGCAUGAGGGCCAACGUGCUGCGCUAGCCGACGCAGCGCGUUCCGUUUUCCCGUCACCGUCACUCCGCCGGUCCUGGCUCCUUGGAGGCGACGUGGAAGCGAUGGUGUCUGGUGUUGACAGUGCUGCCCCCUCUACCCACCAGGGGGAACGAACAGGAGCUGGGAUUGUGGUGGCGGUGGCGGCGGCAGCAGCAGCGGUGCUGGUGGUGGUGGCGGUGGAGGCAGCUGCCGCUUCAGAAUGGAAACUUACGAUUGAAGACUUCCGUUCCGCUAUGCCGCUUCAAUGUUUACAGGACGAGAUAUUUUGUGUUCUUAAGACAGAACCAAAGCUUCAGAAUAAAUAAAAAUAUAUAUAUUAUAUUGUAAGCAAAUUAAAUGAAAACAAAAUAACGUUUUUUUUCUGAUUCUCAGAGAACGUAGGAACCGAGGUAAAUUAAGCCUACGAGUAGAUACUGCGCUGUAAUUCCCUCACUUGACCUCCACAGGCCAAGGAACUAGGGGCAACAUUAAGAGCGAGACGAUGGUGCAGUGUCUCCACUUUGAAAUUCGCCACCACGGACCGCACGGAGGAGCACGGACGCAGAGUUGGUAUAAACAGAACGACCCCGUCGCACGUAGGGCGCCAAUUGUGCGAUUCAGUCCCACACCCUUGUUGCCUUGUCCCAGCUGUUCGCAGCCUGCGCACUCCGGCAUCGGCCGAGCGACCGUACAAACCGAACCAUCCGCUGUGCGGCCGACUGCUCGAAUCUGAAGGCCACGUAGUGGCACAGUAAGACUCUUUGCCGUACCCUUGUUGCCUAUCGCUCGAAGCCGCGGACGUUGAGGCAGAGAGCCUCAGAGGCGGACCACUGAACCCCCCCCCCCACUCCUCCACCUUUAUUUACUGUUCUCAAGAAAACGCAGGAAACAAAAAAAAGAGUUGUAUUUAAUUACUUAGACUUACAAAUUCAGGCUUACUUUUUCAUGGCAGCAGCAUUUCGAUUUUGUUUUCUAAACACUGGUAAGGGUAUGUCUGCGGAAAGCACGCCAAUCAUCGCACGGUGUAAACUCUGCGGUGGCUCUUCAGUGCCUGCAUCUCUUGAGCGUUGAGGCUGCGAUGGCACCUCCCCGUGCACACCAGGGUAGGGGGCAGUGCUGUACCGCACAGCUGGACUUGGCCGCCUAAAUCCAGGUUUGGUGUGAAUUGUCCUUGCUCCCUUGUCACUUAAAUCAGCUGUUAAUGCCCUUGUCGCGUUCAUCUUAGCUAUUACAUGGACAAGCAUUUGACAUUGAUUGACAUGCAAUAAGGAGAUUAGUGGACGUGGAUGAAUGUCUCAGGGCUCCAGUAUCUGUGUCGGGAGUGCUUAGCCAGCAACACGAACAUCUUGGGUGUCACAUCCUGGGCUUUUAUAUGUAAACCAAAUAAUGUCCAGGCUUUUGUUAAUCCACUGUUCGAUGAAGGCCUCACCACGCACUGACUAGUAUGUGCUCUAGCAACCUGGGCUUUAACCUGGGAUUAAACUAAGUAUAGGGAAUUGAUAUACCCUAAAGCUGUUUUAUAUUAGUUCGCCACUCAUUUACAACUAUCAUCACCUCUGUACAGUGGGGGUGAAUGACUUGCUGCAUUUCCAUGACAAAUAUGAACAGAUCCGAGCCACGCCUGAAAUGUGUUCAAGCACAAUUGUAUAAAAAGUAGUUUUAACGCAUACUGACGUUGGCUACCAUUACCCAGAAGCUAACCACCGUUAUUUUGUAAAAAAUAAGAAAAUGAUGGGCCCGCAGUAAACCUUAAUGGCUGUCGUCUCUUCUGAGUUGGCCCCCUUGACAUCGCGACUGUUUCCUAGGGUGGGCCCGGCUUAAAGCAAGCGGGCUUAGCCACCUUGGCCACAGGGAGCCACCACGUGGGCACGCUCUCGUCACGAGGCUGCCGUGGGAAUCCGGACUACGAAGUAGUCGUGGGAACAAGUGGCACAAGUGGCACUAAGCCACAGAGUACCGUGAGGCGAACGAGUACAAGCGUAAGCAAUUUAUUCCUCAAGUUUAUUCCGUAAUUUAUUUUGCCCGUUUUGGUUUGGGGGCCGGAGGGCACUGGUGUGCAAAAAAAGUGACUGUAAAGGUGGCCUUUGUAGCCGUCUUGCAUUAUAUUGCGUCAUUAAACAGUUACGGCUCAUUUUACACGUGUGUAUGAUUAUUAUACGAUGUGUAUUGUAUAUUAACACCGGUAAUAAUGGGAAUUAAGAUUUCCAUAUGUAUUUCAUGAAAUGAAUUGAGAUGGAUUUAAUGUAAUUAAUUUUUUUCCCAAUUUGUUCAACUGUAUUAUGGCUGUAAUUGUAACUACAAAAAAUGCAGAAAAGUCAUAGGUGCUGAACCAGACACGGGUUGCAUCAACAACUGUUAAGCAUAAGGCUGUCAUACUGGAUCUCAGUUAUGAUAGACUGGCAAUGCUUAUCCCGAAGUCCAGCCUCAAGAGCGUUUGCUGCAUAGACAAUAACGUGAGGACACUAAAGUCCAUUCCUCAGAAGAACUGGCACCAUGGAGCUUGAUGUGGUCUUUAAUUAACAUGCCCUGUCCUGAAGGUCAAUGACACCACACCACCCGUUUUGGGCCUGACCUAAAUUUGAGCCCGGCUUUGGCCAUCCUCACAACCCUUCAGGUAACCUGGCCAUUUUGUGUUCAUGGCUCAUGGUUUGAAAUUCUUGAGAGAAAUAUAAAUGAUAGGGAAUUCAAGAAAGAUCACUUUUUUAAAGACAACUAUUUACAUUAAAACUGCAUUAUAUGAGGGUGGUUCAAGGAUAACCUGAACGUUGAGAUGUGUAGAAGUAAACCUAAGUGAAUGAUUCGUACUGUUUAUCAACGUAUUCCCCUGCUACACAUUCAUUUGACCCAUAGGUGUUAUGACACCUUAUUGCCGGUAGCGUAUAGAGUUUUUUUUACAAGUACGCAGACAUUGCAGGACAUCUGCUUUCACAUCCUCACCACGUUGUAUUUACUCAUUUCUACUUUUAAACCUAAUGCACCUAACACACCUAUGCAUGAGACACGCAUAGCAAAAAUUUACAUCUGACAUCGUAUACAUUUCAGUUACUGACAUUUUCCUCCACCAAACAUUUCAUAACAAUGCUGCCCCACAACACGUGACAAGACUUUUAUUCCGCUAUCUUGGAAAAUACCCAGACUGCUUUGCACAGCCGAGAUGUCACUUCACACUGGAGUUGCCAAAUGUUGCCAUUCCAACUUCCACAAUCUUCCAGCAGUGAUUUAUCAUUCUUUUCCCAUUAUCUAGAACAAAAAGUACAGGUUAACCUUGAAACGCCCUUGUAGAUAGAAGCCAGUAAGGCAGAGUUGGUAAUUUGUUGAAAGAAAAUAACAUGUAUUGCAUCAUCGUCCUACGCCUUCAAGUUUGUUUCCAAUUGCAUUUGUUUAAACCAUGCGACCUUGGACUGGUUUUUACUUCACUCAUUAGUAAUGCACACGCAUUUAUUCACGAACUUUUAGUCUUGGGUAACUGGACAAUGGCACUGUGGGGGUAACAAUCUCAGUGCAUCUUUGGGCUACAGUUUUUGGUUACACUGUAUUAAGUUUUUUUUUUAUUCGUGCAUUGACAAUGGCGUCCAUAACGGCAUUUACUUAAGAGAUAUUUGGCUCUGUGCGAAGAUUCUCCUAAAAAUGUGUUGAUGUUUGAUGCAUUUUAAAUGUUCAUGAACUUUUUUGGCAAUGGAGAUACAUGUUUUGUUUUCUGUAACAAGGAGAAUGUCGCAGACCAUUUAUUGACUUACCCAGUACAGCACUGACGGAAACAAAGAGAGACCGAAUACUGUGACUUCAUUUUUUUCUCCAUUUUUUUGUGUGAAAUCUCUGCAUUAGAUGAAUAAACAAAUACCGU